UAUACACGCAUCUUUAAUUAUAUUUAAAAAAAAAAAAAAUCAAAUGGAUCAAGAAGAGGAGGAGAUCGAGGUCCCUAAGUACUUUCUCUGUCCAAUCUCACUAGAGAUUAUGAAAGAUCCAGUCACAGCCGUUUCAGGCAUAACUUAUGACCGUCAAAGCAUCGUAAAGUGGCUCGAGAAGGUCCCUUCUUGUCCCGUGACGAAGCUGCCUCUUCCUAUAGACUCCGGUCUUACGCCUAACCAUAUGCUUCGCCGUCUGAUCCAACACUGGUGCGUCGAGAACGCGACACGCGGCGUUGUCAGAAUCCCUACGCCUAGAGCUCCUCCGGGGAAGCCUAACGUCAUCGAGGAGAUCAAGAAUCUCGAAAAGUUUGGAGAAGAAGCCUUAGGAAGAGAAGAUACGUUGAAGAAGCUUGAAGUUUUGGCUAUGGAGGGAGAGGGAAAUAGGAGACUAAUGUGUGAAGAAGGCGUGCAUAGGUAUUUGAUCUUGUUCGUAGUCAAGUGUACGUGCGAAGAAGAAGAAGAGGAGGGGCGACGUCGUUUCAAAGAGCGGCUAGAUGAGUCUCUGCGUCUUCUUCACUUGAUCGGUGUUCCAUUAAACGACGCAAGAACAAUCUUGAUCGAAAACGAUCGAAUCUUGGAAUCUUUAACUUGUGUUUUACACCAACAAGACUUCCUCAACAAGGCGUACACAAUUGUGCUGUUGAGGAACCUAACGGAAAAUACUUCCUCUCACAUCGUCGAGAGAUUGAAUCCCGAGGUUUUCAAAGGGAUCAUAGGUUUUCUCAAGGAUGUAGCGAGUAGUUUCAAUCGCAUAAACCCUAGCGUGAGAGACACGGUACAAUCAUCAAACUCUAGCGUGAGACGUAAGGAACCAUCAAAACUUGAUCAUAGAUUGGUUAUUAAACAAGCUCUGACUGCAGCGCUGAUGAUUCUUCUAGAGACCUCAUCGUGGAGCCGGAACCGAACGAUCCUUGUGGAUCUCGGUGCAGUUUCCGAACUCAUCGAACUCGAAAUAAGCACAACCGGAGAGAAGAGAACUACAGAACUCGUGUUGGGAGUUUUGUCACGUUUAUGUUGUUGCGCGGACGGUAGAGCUGAGAUUCUUGCCCAUAGAGGCGGGAUUGCGAUUGUAACAAAGCGGAUAUUAGGGGUUUCAACUGCAGCAGACGAUAGAGCGCUCUCUAUCCUAAGCACAGUGUCCAAAUUCUCGCCGCAAAACGCAGUUGUGGAAGAGAUGGUUUGCGUUGGGACGGUGGAGAAGCUUUGUUCCGUUCUAAGAGUGAACUGUGGUUUGAGCUUGAAGGAAAAAGCGAAAGAGAUACUUAGAGAUCAUUUUGAUGAGUGGAAGAAGUUUCCAUGCAUUGAUGUAACUCUACUUACUAAGCUUCUAAGCUCUUCACCCAAAGAUCUACUACUCACCGAGUCUAACUCAGAAGUUGGUGUUUAGCUUCUUUUUUUCCCCUGUAACUCAAAUUAAGUAUUUAAUCUGCUGGACCCUCGAAACAUAUUUAAGUAUGCAUUUAAUAAGAAUUUAGAGCAAUUUUUCUGCUAUCAU